AGAAGGCUGCGGGGAGGAAGGAGGUGUUUAAUACUCAUGCCUAUCCACAUAUGAAGCAGCACAGAAAGGAGAAAUCAGAAGGGUCAGCAUUAAACGUGGGUGUAACCAGCAGAAGAUUGUGGUCUACAGGAACAGAUGACCACAUGCUGCUGUUUACUAUCAUUAGUUGUGGGAUAUUUUCUUCUGUGGGGGCCUGGACUUACCACUAUGGGCAGAUGCCCCCAAGCAACUGGGACAUGGCAAGGAGAUACUGCCAGCAGCACUAUACUGACCUCGUAGCAAUCCAAAACAAAGAGGAAAUUGCCUAUCUCAAUGCUACCAUUCCAUACUACCGCACGUACUACUGGAUUGGGAUCCGGAAGAUUAAGAAUGUUUGGACCUGGGUUGGAACGGGCAAGAUCCUGACAAAGGAAGCAGAAAACUGGGCUUCUCGGGAACCCAACAACAGACGGUCUGGAGAGGACUGUGUUGAGAUAUACAUUAAAAGGCCUGUGGAAUCUGGAAAAUGGAAUGAUGAACGUUGUACUAACAAAAAACGGCCACUGUGCUACCAAGCUUCCUGCCAGCCUUCCUCCUGCAGUCAGCAUGGGGAGUGUGUGGAGACCAUUGGGAAUUAUACCUGCCAAUGUUAUCCUGGCUUCUAUGGGCCAGAGUGUGAAUAUGUUGUGAAAUGCAAGGACUUGGAUGCUGCACUUAGACCACUGCGCAUGAACUGCAGUCAUCCUCUGGGGAACUUCAGUUAUAACUCCAGCUGUGGCUUCAGUUGUGAUGAAGGAUUUGAAAUGAAUGGCCUGGCCACUUUGCAGUGCUUGCCGUCUGGGAGCUGGUCAGCAGAGAUACCGCAGUGUGUAGCUGUCCAGUGCUGGCCAUUAAGAACCCCUGUUCAUGGAGACCUCAUCUGCUCUCACAGGAAAUUUCAGUACCAGACUAGCUGCAACUUUAGCUGUGCAGAGGGCUUUCUGCUAAGUGGAGUGGAGACCACUAGAUGUGAAGCAUCUGGAGAAUGGAGUUCCCUGGAGCCAAUAUGUCAAGUUAAGCAAUGUCCAGAAAUCGAGUUACCCACAAGAGGAACCAUGGACUGUGUAAAUCCAGUGGGCGACUUCGCUUACAACUCCACCUGUGAUUUUGGUUGUGAAGUUGGCUUUCAGCUCAGUGGUCCCAAGACGUUGCACUGCAGUGCAUCUGGCCAGUGGACAUCCUCUGUACCUGUUUGUCACGCUGUUCAGUGCCAGCUGCUGCAGCCUCCUGCUUAUGGUAACAGCACCUGCUUCGAUUUCCAUGGGAAAUUUCAGUACCAGUCUCUCUGCACCUUCCACUGCGCUGAAGGGUUCCAGUUACUUGGAGAAAAGGUGACGGAGUGCACAGCAUCUGGAGAAUGGACAGCGGCAGUCCCAGCUUGCCAAGCCAUGCAGUGCCACAGUCUGGAGACCCCCAAGCAAGGGAGGAUGACCUGCUUCCAUCCAAAUGGAGAGUUUGCAUUCCAAUCUACCUGUGAGUUUGCCUGCGAGACUGGAUUUACCUUGGCUGGAAGAAAUUCAACCCGCUGCUUAGCAACUGGGAACUGGACUGCUCCGUUGCCAACAUGUCAGGUUAUUGAGUGCCCCAAACUGGAUGUCCCCAAGAAUGGAGAAUUUGACUGCUCUCAUCCACAUGGAGACUUUGCAUACAGCUCCAGCUGCACUUUCUCCUGCAAUACAGGGUUUGUGCAAGUUGGAGCAGAGCAACUUCAGUGCACAGUUCUGGGAAUGUGGACGGAGAAACCACCCUUAUGUGAAGCUGUCCAGUGCCCAUCCCUGCAAACUCCAGACAAUGGCAAGGGAAACUGCUCUCAUCCAUACGACCGGUUUGCCUAUCACUCCAGCUGCAUCUUCUCCUGCAACUCUGGCUUUGAGCUGGUUGGGUCAGAGGAGCUCGAGUGCACGGAUCAGGGAAACUGGAGCAGAGAUGUGCCCAUUUGUGAAGCUGUUAAGUGCCCAGGUCUACCUAAGCCCGACAAUGGCCAUUUAAAUUGCACCCACCCUCUUGGGCACUUUGCAUAUGGCUCCAGCUGCAACGUUUCCUGCAGUGCUGGGUUUCAGCUGCUUGGACAAGAGAUGCUCGACUGCACAGCUCAAGGCCGCUGGACUGAACAACUGCCGCAGUGCCAAGCUGUCCAGUGCCCAUCCCUGCAAACUCCAGACAAUGGCAAGGGAAACUGCUCUCAUCCAUACGGCCGCUUUGCCUAUCACUCCAGCUGCAUCUUCUCCUGCAACUCUGGCUUUGAGCUGGUUGGGUCAGAGGAGCUCGAGUGCACGGAUCAGGGAAACUGGAGCAGAGAUGGGCCCAUUUGUGAAGCGAUAAAGUGUCCCCACCUGAAUGCUCUGGGGAAGAUGAAGAUGAAUUGCUCUGGUCCCUGGGACUCCUUCAGAUACGGGUCGACAUGUCUCUUCCAGUGUGCUGAGGGCUACAACCUCAAUGGAACAAGCAGCAUCCAGUGCCAGGCCAAUGGCCAGUGGUCUUCCGAGAUGCCUGUUUGUCAAGAAAAUGUUGCCCCUUACUACACAAAAGCUCUGCUUUAUACUGGUGGAGCCACAGUGUCGGCUGUUGCCCUCGUGCUUUCUGGGAGUCUGAUCGCUCUGGCUAUCAGACGCUUCAGGAAAAAAGGGGAAAAGAAAAGGCUCCUUGACCAUACCAGUGAUUUGGGAGCACCUGGUGUAUUCUCCAACGCAGGCUUCAGCUCUGCUUUUUAAGAACUCAUCUGGAUCAUGUCCAUGGAAGAAAAGUGCUGAUGCAAUGGGACUUUCUUGCAACCUCAUUAAUCUGUGCCACCACUGUCAGUGAGAGCUUCUGCUGCCUGGUUGCUGGAGAUGGAAUAAAUUCAUGCUUCAGAAUGCCAUGGGCUGGCAGGGAAGUGUUCUUGUCCU